AUGGAGCACCUGGCAGAGACCGGGGUCGUGCACCGGGACCUGGCGGCGAGGAACGUGCUGCUCUUCGGCUUCGACAAGGAGGACGUGCGGAAGACGUCGGUGAAGGUGACGGACUACGGGCUGGCAGCGGAGCUCGAUCGCCGCACUCACGCUACGGUAGCGGCAGGACAAUCGAGGCCAGUGCGGUACAUGCCGCCAGAGUCACUGCAGAGAGGACGGUACUCGGAGAAGAGCGACGUGUGGAGCUUCGGGGUCACGUGCUGGGAGAUCCUCACGUCAGGCAAGAUCCCCUACUACCAGAUGACGGAGGACGAGCGGGUGAUCGUGUACGUGUGCGGGGGAGGUAGACUGAAAGGAGAGGAGAUAGAAGGAGGAUGCGAGGAGGGGCUGUGGGGUGAGGUGGAGAGCUGCUGGAGGACGAGGGAGGGGGACCGACCGCGGUUCUCAGAGCUGGUGGUAGCCCUGGGGAGGAUAAGAGAA